AUGCCGUACAACACGAGCGCGAUCCCUCCGCGCAAGGCGCCCACGGGGCAAACCCAACUCCCAUGUGCGUCGCCAGAAGUCCCCGCCCUCGGUCCCAGGCGCCCAGCUCACAUGUCUUCCUGCCUAGUAUCUCGCGUCAAGAAAAUAAUCAACCAAGACUCAGACAUAGCCAUGUGCUCUAACAACGCCGCCUUUGUCAUCACCCUCGCAGCGGAGAUGUUCAUCCAACACCUCGCGGAGGAGGCAAACACGCAGGCAAAACUAGACCGCAAGCCCCGCCGCAACAUUCAGUACAAGGACGUCGCCAACGCCGUGUCGACCCACGACCACCUCGAAUUCCUGGAAGACGUGGUCCCCAAGACGGUCCCCUACAGAAAGGCCAAAGCUACCGCGUUGAAGACGCAUGCCCGUCUCAGGGGGGACCUCAAAAUACCCCAAGAUCGACCAGAGCCGUCCCGUCAAACCCCCACCACAACCAACGGCGCAGCGAGUCUAAUCGUUAACGGUGGUGGCCUGUCUGGCAGUGCCUUCUCGGUGCCUUUGAGACACGACGACAGACAGAGUGGUGACGAUCCGAACAAGCAGCUGGAGAUGGAAAUGAGACAGGUCACAGGGAGAGAUGGGGAUGUACGCAUGACGGGCUAG